UCCCCUCCCCCUGCGGUCCCGGCGCUGAGAGUCCUGGUAGCCGAGCGCACUCUGCAGCCAUGGAGGUGCCCGGGAGCCUGUGCAAGAAAGUCAAGCUGAGCAAUAACGCGCAGAACUGGGGGAUGCAGAGAGCAACUAAUGUCACCUAUCAAGCUCAUCAUGUCAGCAGAAACAAGAGAGGCCAGGUGGUAGGGACCAGAGGUGGCUUUCGUGGUUGCACAGUUUGGCUAACAGCACUUUUUAUUGUUUCUGUACCUGUCUUUCCUAAGGAUCGCAACAAUGCAAGACAGAUACACGAGGGUGCGAGUUUACCUUUUUUUGAAGUCUUUGUUGAUGCGCCUCUGCAUGUCUGUGAACAGAGGGACGUCAAAGGACUCUAUAAAAAAGCACGGGCUGGAGAAAUUAAAGGUUUCACCGGGAUUGAUUCUGAAUAUGAAAAACCCGAGGCCCCGGAAUUGGUGCUGAAAACAGACUCCUGUGAUGUAAAUGAUUGUGUGCAGCAGGUUGUGGAACUUCUGCAGGAACGGGAUAUUGUACCUGUAGAUGCCUCUUAUGAAGUAAAAGAACUCUAUGUGCCAGAAAAUAAGCUUCACUUGGCAAAAACAGAUGCAGAAACACUACCAGCGCUGAAAAUUAAUAAAAUGGUUAUGGAACAAGGUGAUUGGCUGAUUGGAGGAGAUCUUCAAGUCUUGGACCGAAUUUAUUGGAAUGAUGGUCUUGAUCAGUAUCGUUUAACUCCUACUGAACUAAAGCAGAAGUUUAAAGAUAUGAAUGCUGACGCUGUCUUCGCAUUUCAGUUACGCAACCCAGUGCACAAUGGACAUGCUCUAUUAAUGCAGGAUACCCAUAAGCAACUUCUAGAGAGGGGCUACCGGCGCCCUGUGCUUCUCCUUCACCCGCUUGGGGGCUGGACCAAGGAUGAUGAUGUCCCUUUGAUGUGGCGUAUGAAGCAGCAUGCUGCAGUGCUGGAGGAGGGCGUCCUGAAUCCUGAAACAACAGUCGUGGCCAUCUUCCCAUCUCCCAUGAUGUAUGCUGGACCAACUGAGGUCCAGUGGCAUUGCAGAGCACGGAUGGUUGCAGGAGCCAAUUUUUACAUUGUGGGACGAGACCCCGCUGGUAUGCCUCAUCCAGAAACAGGGAAGGAUCUGUACGAACCAACUCAUGGUGCCAAAGUGCUGACAAUGGCCCCUGGCCUAAUCACUUUGGAAAUAGUACCAUUUCGAGUUGCAGCUUACAACAAGAAAAAGAAGCGUAUGGACUACUAUGACUCUGAACACCAUGAAGACUUUGAAUUUAUUUCUGGAACACGAAUGCGCAAACUUGCUCGAGAUGGCCAGAAACCUCCUGAAGGCUUCAUGGCUCCCAAGGCCUGGAAUGUGCUGAUGGAAUACUACAAAUCCCUGGAGAAAGCCUAAACUGUGUAGCAGUCCCUCCACCUUUGACACUUCCCCGAGUAACCAGAGGGGACCACGUAGUUACUGUUGGCAUUUCUUUGUGGUCGUGUCUGCCUUGACACAAGUUCUAAAAACAGACCAUUUUCCUUAACUCAGUUUUGGUCUGCUUUACGAGUCCUGUUUUGAACUAGUGUAACACACUGUUGGUUUUAAUGUAUCUUUUUCACUCAUUAUACUUAAUAUUCCUACAAUACAAUUUUAAAAUCUUGUCUUUUUAUAUUUAUGCUUCUGUCUCAUGAGUUUUUCAAGCUGUUAUGUUAGUCGUAACCGAUAGUAUACAUGUUAAAUACCACUUUUCAUCCCUUGAUAAAUGAAAAAAAAAUCCACUAAACAGUAAACAGUAAACUUUACUAGACCUUGUUUUGGGAAUUUUACUAGACAUCUGUAGCAAUUAGAUUUUUUUUUCUAUGUUAAAAAUACAAACUGUUUUCCUUCCUUCUGAUAAGCUAUUGAUCUAUUAUCUGGCACAAUCUAAAGUAUUCCUAUGACCUGUAUAAGCCCUGAAUGAACUUUAUUCAAUAAAAUUAAACCUUUUGGCUUA